AUGCUGGAUAUUCUACUCCACUCUUCUUUCUUGGGUGAUAUGGGGGAUCAUUCAAAAAAGAAGGCCGGGAUCGCCAUGUGUGUGGGCUGCGGAAGUCAGAUCCAUGACCAGUAUAUCCUGCGGGUCUCCCCGGACCUGGAGUGGCACGCUGCGUGUCUGAAGUGCGCGGAGUGCAGUCAGUACCUGGACGAGACCUGCACAUGCUUCGUCCGAGACGGAAAGACUUACUGCAAACGAGACUACGUAAGGUUAUUCGGGAUCAAAUGUGCCAAAUGUAACUUGGGUUUCUGCAGCAAGGAUCUGGUAAUGAGGGCUCGGGAGAAUGUGUACCACAUGGAGUGUUUCAGGUGCUCGGUGUGCAGUAGGCAUCUCUUGCCGGGAGAUGAGUUCUCUCUGCGGGAAGAGGAGCUGCUGUGCCGGGCUGAUCAUGGACUGUUGCUGGAGCGCGCCGCAUCGGGUAGUCCUCCCAUCAGCCCGGAGAAUACACACUCAAACAGAAGCCUGCACAUGGCCGAGCCAGUGCCAGUGCGGCAGCCCCCUCACCGUAACCACGUGCAUAAGCAGUCAGAGAAGACUACCCGUGUGCGCACGGUGCUGAAUGAGAAGCAGCUGCACACACUGCGCACAUGCUACAACGCAAACCCGAGACGACGCGCUCAUGAAGGACCCGACGCGCUCAUGAAGGAGCAGCUGGUGGAGAUGACGGGCCUCAGUCCGCGGGUUAUCCGCGUCUGGUUUCAGAAUAAACGCUGCAAGGACAAGAAGAGAUCAAUCUUCAUGAAACAGCUCCAACAGCAGCAACACUGCGACAAAACUAAUCUCCAAGGACUGACAGGCACACCUCUGGUGGCAGGUAGUCCCAUCAGACAUGAUAACACAGUACAGGGCAAUCCUGUAGAAGUGCAGACUUAUCAGCCUCCAUGGAAAGCCCUGAGCGAGUUCGCUUUACAAAGUGACCUGGAACAGCCUGCCUUCCAACAGCUGGUGUCUUUCUCUGAGUCGGGUUCUCUGGGCACUUCCUCAGGCAGUGAUGUGACUUCGCUAUCGUCGCAGUUACCCGAUACUCCUAACAGCAUGGUGUCCAGUCCGGUAGAGACGUGAUGCAGCCCGGUUAUGUCCAUCAUCCCCAGCAUGCUUGAAUCCCCAUCCCGACCCGAUCUGCAUGAACACAUGGCACCUCACCUCAACACCUCCAGCUCAACCGAUCCGAGGACACCACUGAUUCCUAGGACAAUUCAUACAGGACCACAGUGGAUUUUACUUGGAAUGCACAACUCUGCCAAAAAACAACCGGAGCAAAAGUACACGGACUUAAACUUGCAAUUUCUUUAAAGACGGCCCUUCAUAAGGAUCCAAUAUCUUCCCGAGGAAUAUGAACAAAUUGAGCCACUGGCAAUAUGCAAAUGUGUUACCAGUAUUCUAGUAGGUUUAUCAACACAUGAUAGUAUUUCCUUUAAAUCACUGAGACAUGACAGCCAGAUUUGUCUUAAAGCGCAUGAUCUCAGAAGACUUGUACAAAGUGACUUGUAAACUAUUUUAUCUUUACGGAUGGAGGACAAAUUGUUUGAAAUUUUCGAGAGAAAAAAGUAAGUUAUUGUUAUUUAUUGUGAGGACGACCGUCCACGCCAGAAUUAAGAAAUGACUAUAAUAAACUAUACUAAGUGUUGUUUGUGACUGAGGAAAACUUUGCAUGCGAAGACAUCUAUAUCUCCAUAUGUGUCGAGUCCAAAAAGGAUAUCGAACUACAACAUCAGACUCCAAGCGCAACCCAACUUGGCCAAACAAGACACAAAUUAAAUAUGAAUAUGAAUCACAUUUAA